AAAUAGAAAUAGGCUUAGUUCUCCCUCUGCUCUUCGAGAAGGCCUAGAAAAUUGAUAUGACCGAUCACGGCUUGCUUUCAAAUCUUUCUCGUUAACGGGGCGGCGAGGGAACACUCCGUGGGUCAAAACGUUCAUUCAUCCACUCAGCGUACCCACAUGACAGUAGCGGAAUGAGGAUCAUGCUUGAUAAUCCAUUUCACAGCCAUGGAACGCCUUAAAGUAUACCCGCCGAUUCCUCAGAUUAGGUCAAAAUGACCACUCCUCUCACUCUCUACGAUAUCCCUUCGACUCUUCCCGGCAAUGCUUGGUCGCCUAGCAUCUGGAGAGCCAGAUACGUGCUCAACUAUAAAGGCAUCCCGUACCGCACUGAAUGGGUUGAGUUCCCCCACAUCGAAGCCCUGUACAAAAAACUCGGCGCCCACGCCAGUGCUACCAAAGCUGACGGCGUAACACCCCAUUACACUCUCCCCCUUCUGCACGAUCCCUCCACUGGUGCUUUCGUCUCCGAAUCAGCGGCCAUCGCCCGGUACCUGGACAAAACCUACCCCGAAACACCCGUUGUCAUCCCUGCAGGCACCAACGCGUUCCACUACGCCUUUAACGAUGCGAUACGCUCCCACUUCCGAGGUGGCGCUCUCCAGAAGUUCACCCUUCAGACCAACUUCAUCUUGAACCCCGUGAGCGAGGAGUACUUCAGGAGGACGAGGGAGGCCGAAGUGUUUGGAGGGAAGAAAUUGGAAGAUGCGAUCCCGAAGGGUGAGGAUAGGAAGAGCGAGUGGGCGAAGUUGAAGGCGGAUUUCGGGAAGAUUGAUGCGUGGUAUGGGAAGGAGGAUAAGUACGUGAUGGGAGAUACUCUUUCGUACGCGGAUUUCAUGGUUGCCGCGGGGGUCUUAUACGUCCGCAUCGUAUACAGCGCGGAUAGCGAGGAGUGGAAGGAUAUCUCGACGUGGCAUGGAGGCAGGUGGGGUGUUUUGGUGAAGAAUUUUGAGAAGUAUGAGACUAUCGUGUAACCAGGCCGAUAGGAAGAAGUACAUAAACCCACAAGUAAUUACUAAAAUGGUAGUAAGAAGAAUGUCGAGAUCCUGUAAUUGUUCGUAGAUUAUCAUCUUCAAGCUUGCUCAAUCCAAAUGAAC